AUGUCAACAAUGUUUCCGGCAGCAUUGUUUUUUGUCAUUUUGGCUGUGUUCCAAGAACCAGCCAUUGCCGUAAAAAAGUCUUAUGUUGUGUAUUUGGGAGAGCAAUCUCACGCCUCGGGGUUGACGACGACGGACGCUGAUCUUGACUUGGUGACGCAAUCUCACUCUGAGUUGCUCUCCUCAGUCGUGGGAAGGGAAGGAUCUUUGAUUUACUCAUACAGGAAGAACAUCAAUGGCUUCGUCGCCAUUCUAGAUGAUGAUGAAGCUGCACGAAUGAGAGAAAGUCCUGGUGUGGUGUCUGUUUUCGAAGAUAAAGGCAAGAUUUUGCACACGUCACGUUCGUGGGAGUUUAUGAGGCUUGAAAAGAAUGGUGUCAUUCAUCCUUUGUCCUUAUGGAAAAGGGCCAAUCUUGGAGAAGACAUCAUCAUAGCUAAUCUCGACACUGGGGUAUGGCCUGAAUCGAAAAGUUUCGACGACAAAGGUUUUGGUCCCAUUCCAUCGAAGUGGAGAGGAACUUGCGAUUUCGGAGGAAACAAUUCAAGAUCCCUUUGCAAUAAGAAGCUUAUCGGAGCCAGGUACUUCAACAAAGGCUUUAUGUCGAACGCCGGUGCUCUCAAGUUUAAUUCGACGUAUAAUACAGCUCGGGACACCGAAGGACACGGCACGCACACUCUCUCCACCGCCGGCGGCAAUUUCGUCGCCGGAGCGAGCAUCUUCGGCACCGCCAAUGGAACAAUAAAGGGCGGGUCACCAAUGGCCCGAGUUGCAUCCUACAAAGUCUGCUGGCCGCCGACCAAGACAACUGCCCCAUGUUAUGAAUCAGACAUCAUGAAAGGCUUCGACACCGCCAUUUCUGACGGCGUCGACGUCUUGUCGGUGUCUUUAGGCGGAGAGGGCCCCGCCGAGUACCUCGACGACGCCAUCGCCAUCGGCGCCUUCCACGCUGUGAUGAAAGGUAUUCCGGUGGUCGCCUCCGCCGGAAAUACUGGUACAGAUUCAUCCGUCACGAACGUCGCGCCGUGGAUUAUUACCGUCGCCGCAAGCUCUAUUGAUCGGGAAUUCGAGGCCAGUGUUAAGCUCGGCGAUGGAACUGUUCUAAAGGGAUCGAGCCUCUCCAAACCAUUGCCGGACACUAGAAUGUAUCCUCUCAUCACUGGUGGUCAGGCCAAAGCUGCCAAUGUGUCUGCUAGGGUUGCGAUGCUCUGUGGGGAAAACUCGUUGGAUCCUGAGAAGGCUAAGGGGAAGAUCGUGAUUUGCCUGAGGGGCAUUUCUUCGAGAGUGGAUAAAGGGGUUGAAGCAGGCCGCGCAGGUGCUGUCGGGUUUGUUCUUUGUAAUGAUGCUGCCAAUGGCGACGACAUCAGUGCUGAUACCCAUUUACUUCCUGCAACUCAUUUAAGUUACAAAAAUGGCGUUUCCCUCUUUUCUUAUAUCAAUGCGACCAAGAAGCCAGUAGGGCUGAUUACUCCUCCCACACCAUUGUUGAACACAAAGCCUGCUCCACGUUUGGCUUUGUUCUCGUCCAGGGGCCCCAAUCUAAUCACGCCUGCAAUUAAUAAGCCCGACAUUACUGCUCCUGGGGUCGACAUCAUCGCUUCUUACACUGAAGCUCAAAGCCCGACCGAAUCCCUCUUCGACAAGCGUAGAACUCCUUACCUUGAAUUGUCCGGGACGUCCAUGUCCUGCCCUCACGUCGCCGGCGUGGUGGGAUUGAUCAGGCGCCUCCAUCCUGACUGGAGCCCUGCUGCGAUCCGAUCGGCAAUCAUGACGACAGCGAGAACGAGGGACAACACAGUGCGGCCGUUGGUAGACGCCGGCGGCAGGAAGGCGACGCCAUUCGGGUACGGGUCGGGUCAUAUCCGCCCUAACCGGGUCUCCGACCCGGGACUGGUCUACGACCUAACAGUCAAUGACUACCUCGACUUUCUCUGCGCCGCAAAGUACGAUGAAGACGUAAUUCGGAGAUUUUCCGGCUCCAAACACGCGUGUCCCGCCAAUUUCAGCGUCAUGGAUUUCAACAAUCCGGCGAUCACCGUCCCGUCCCUCGCCGGCGGCCAGGUUACAGUGAGAAGAUCCGUGAAGCUUGUGGGCAGCCCUGCAAAGUACUACGCCCGGGUUCGGAGCCCGUACGGGUAUUCGGUUUCUGUGGAGCCGGGUAACCUUAAUUUCGAGAAAACUGGUGAAGUGAAGGUGUUUAAGGUGACGAUAAAAGCGUUGAAGCCUGUAAGUUCGUACAGAUUUGGGGAUCUGACGUGGACGGACGGCCGGCAUUACGUGAGGACGCCGAUAUUGGUUGCCUCCGCCGUGCCGGAAUAGUUGGACCGGGUUCGGUAAUGAUGUCUUUCUUGAAGGUGUGAUCUUUGAUUGUGUUAUUAGAAGCUGAGAGACUACAGGGUUGUAUUUUGUUUCCUGAUUAU